AAAACCUUAAUAGUGAUGAAAGUGAAAUCAUCAAAUUGGGUUUCUAACCUAAUUUACGUUUUGCGCGCGUAAAUUCAGCUCUUCUGUUUUCGGAUAUUGAGAUUUAUCGAAAAGCUGAAUUUGAUUGAUUUUCAGUCUCUUGAGUUUCAUUUUACGUUUUCUCGGUGAUUAUCAUUUGUAAUCAUGUGGAAUAACGAAAGUUCCAUGGGUGAAGGUGGAUUUAUGAACGAUAGCACGCAGGGGACUGGUACUGGCAAGAAAGGGCCACAAAAUGACAAGACUAUUGUUCCCGUAUUAAUAAAACAUAUCACGUCCACCACAGGAGAUCUGCAAAUCGCCGGCAGAACUGUAAACGUUUUGUCCAUUGUUGGAAUCGUACGUCAUAUUGAGCAAGACACGACAAAAAUCUCAUUCAAUAUCCAGGAUGAUACAGGUGUUCUAUUUAUGUUUUUUAAUCUAACGAUAAUCAUUUAUGGACUGAUACGUACACAAAAUAAUCAACGACAUGUCUUGAUUUUACGUAUGUAUCCUCUGGAGGACUUGAACGAUUUGACAUGUCACUUUAUGGAGGUCAUGUAUGUCAUACUGAAGGCUAGCAAACCCACACAAGAAACCAGUUUGCCUUCUAAUAAUUCAUUAAUGGUUGAUAAUACAAUGAGUGGCAUGUCACCUGAACAAGUGGCAGUUCUCGAGGUAGUUCGAUCAGCAAAUGAAGCUGAAUGUGGUAUCGAGAAACGAGAUAUUUUGGCACAAGUACCAAAACACAUUAUAUCUCGUUUAAAUGAGAUAUUAGACUUUCUUCUUUGCGAAGGACAUAUUUAUACAACCAGUUCAGAAGAUUUCUUUAAAGCUACCUAAAUUAUGUUACCCUUAAAAAAUUCAUUAAUGUUACAUUUAUU